CGCGCGCCAGCUUCACUCUCAAUCAUGGCGUUAGCUGGGAAAAGGAAACGGAUAAGUCACAUAUUAAACUCGUCACAGCCCGCGAGCAGACAGUCAUCUUUACCCUGGAGCUCACACACGGAGCGUGGACAGGGACAGGGACAGGGACAGGGACACGAGCAGGGACCGCGCUUUGUGGAAGGAUCUAUUGUCCGUAUUUCUAUGCAAAACUUCCUGACGUAUGAUCACUCAGAAGUGUUUCCUGGUCCGAACCUGAACAUGAUUGUAGGAGCAAACGGAACUGGAAAGUCCAGUAUCGUGUGUGCGAUUUGUCUCGGACUGGCUGGAAAAACUGCCGUGCUGGGACGAGGAGAUAAGGUGGGACUGUAUGUGAAGAGAGGAUGCAGUAAAGGCUCAGUGGAAGUGGAGCUGUACAGAGCUGCUGGAAACCUUGUGAUUAACCGUGAGAUUAAUGUGGAGAAUAAUCAGAGUGUGUGGAUGCUGAAUGGCAGACACACAAGUCAGAAGGUGGUGGAGGAGGCAGUGAAGGAGCUCCAUAUUCAGGUUGGGAAUCUGUGUCAGUUCCUGCCUCAGGAGAAGGUUGGCGAGUUUGCUAAGAUGAGUAAGAUCGAGCUCCUGGAAGCCACUGAGAAGUCUGUCGGCCCACCAGAAAUGUACAACUUUCACUGUGAGCUGAAGAACUGCCGGAGUAAAGAGAGGGAUCUGGAGAAUUUGUGUAAGGAAAAGGCCACCUUCCUGGAGAAAGCCCGGCAGAGGAACGAACGGAACAAAGGGGACGUGGAGCGCUACCACAUGAGAAGGAGACAUCUUGACAGGAUCCAGAUGCUGGAGAAGAAAAGGCCCUGGGUGAAGUACGAGACGACUCGUAAGGAACUGGAGGAAGUAAAGAAACAGAGAGACGACAUGAAGAAGACGGUGAAGUCACUGAAGGAAGCUCAAACGCCUCUGCUGAGAAAAAUCCAGUCCAUCGAGAGCCAGCUGCAACCUAUUGAGAACCAGAUGAAGGAAAAGACGGCCAAAAUCAGAGAAGCGUCACAAAAAUGUAAACACAAACAGGAUCAAUUGGACUUGAAAUAUAAAGAGAUUGAUGACAUUAGGCAGGCUCUGAGUCUGAAGCGGGCCGAGGCGGCGGAUCGGGAUCGGCGAAUCGAGAUCACACGCCGUGCGAUUCAGGACCUGCAGACGGAGCUGGACAACGUAGGCAGCCAAGAGGACAUCACGCCCAGGAUUGAGGCAGUUAACUCUGAGCUCAGGGGCAUCCAGGAGGAGAAAUCCAGGCUGGACGUCGAAUGGCAGGACUUGAGGCGCGAUAAGGACGAGGCCACGGGCGAGCUGAGACGUCUGCAGAACCGUCUGCGUAGUUUAGAGGACAUGAUGAACAGGAAGGAGGAGAUGCUGCGGCAACGUUCUCCUGACACUCACACGGCUCUGCUGUGGCUGAGGAGGAACCGCCAUCUCUUUGAGGGAAAUGUGUACGAGCCCAUGAUGCUGGUGAUUAAUGUACGGGACCCACAAAAUGCUAAAUAUGUGGAGAGCCAUGUUCCUAUAAACGACCUGAGAGCAUUUGUGUUCCAGAAGCAGCAGGAUAUGGAGAAGUUCAUGUCAGAGAUACGAGACCGACAGAGGCUUCGAGUGAACAGUGUGAUCGCUCCUGCAGAGUCGUGGGCUUCUCGACCACCAUCACGACCCUUAAACUCCCUCCAGCGCUAUGGGUUCUUCUCCUCUCGCGAGCUGUUUGAUGCCCCAGACGAGGUGAUGAGUUACCUGUGCCAUCAGUACAGGGUUAAUGAUGUACCUGUGGGGACGAAGGAGACUAAGAAGCUGAUUGAGAUGGUGAUUAAUGAGUCUCAGCUGAAGACCAUCUACACUGAAGAUGAGAGGUAUGUGGUAAAGAAGUCCACUUACUCCAACAGGACCAUCUCCAGUAACACUGCCCUGCGACCUUCUCAGUUCCUCAGCAUGAACAUUGAUGCAGUCGAGAGGGAUCAGUUGAAAGCUCAGCUCAGUGCAGCUCAGCAGAAGAUCCAAAGUGUUGAUGGUCGAAUGGCUGCUUAUCAGGAGCAGCAGGUCAGACUGGAUCGCCAUGACAACGACCUCCGAGCUGAGAAGAAGCGCCUAUCAGAGCUGAAAGGCAAAAAGAGACAACUAGAGCAGAGAAUCAGCACCAAGCAAGAGAGUCUGAGGCAGAUGCAGCAGGGUGUAAUUGACCUUCAGAAAGAGGAAGAUGAAGCGAACACCAGGAUCUCACACAUAAACCAGCAGAAGGUGGCCAUAGUGGAGGAGUUCCUGGGCUUCAUGAAGCACAGAGCCAGACUGAUCAUGGAGAAGGUGUACUUGGCUUUGGACAUAGCAGGUCUCAGUGCUGAGAAGACCAAACUGGAGUCAGACUGCAGGGAGGGAUCAGCUGAGCUCAGAAGAGCAGAGCAAGCGUUUACUGAGCUGGACCAGAGGAAGACGAGUCUGUUGGAGACGUGUAGGGGAUUAAUGAGGAGAGCCAGCGAGAUCUGUAACAUGAACCCAGGAGAGACUCAAGUACCCGAGAUACUGCACACGGCGUUCAGUGAGCUGCCUGAAACUCUGGAUGAGAUCGACGCCAUGCUGAAUGAAGAGAAGGCCAGAGCAGAAGGGUUUGCUGACCUCAGUGAGAGAGUGGUGGAGGAAUAUAAUCAGAGAGAGAAGGAGAUAAAGGAGAUGGAGAAGGAGCUGGAGGAGAAGACCAAAGAUCUGAAGACCUACAGACAGAACAUUUCUGAGGCAAAGGAACGUUGGCUAAAUCCCCUGAAGCAGUUGGUGGAUCAAAUUAACGAGAAGUUCAGUGAUUUUUUUCGCUCCAUGAACUGUGCUGGAGAAGUCGACCUGCACUCUGAGAAUGAGGAGGAGUAUGAUAAAUACGGUAUCCGUAUCCGGGUGAAGUUCCGGAGCAGCACUCAGCUCCAUGAACUCACUCCUCACCAUCAGAGCGGAGGUGAGCGCAGCGUCUCCACCAUGCUGUACCUCAUGGCCCUGCAGGAGCUCAACCGCUGUCCCUUCAGAGUCGUCGAUGAGAUCAACCAGGGGAUGGAUCCGGCCAAUGAGAGAAGAGUGUUCGACAUUGUGGUGAAAACAGCCUGCGGUGGCAAAACCUCACAGUAUUUCUUCAUCACACCAAAGCUUCUUCAGAAUUUGAAAUAUGCAGAUGAGAUGACUGUUCUGUGUGUCCACAACGGCCCCUACAUGCUCCCCCCUCACAAAUGGGACCAUAAUGCAUUCCUCAGGCGUGUUAAAAGGCAGAGCACCCAGUAACCCAUCAGAGCCACAGCGCAGGAGCGACAACACCCUCGAGCACUGCUUUAUAUCUCCACAGGGACUUUGUACAGUUUUGUAUUUUUGGGGAAAUGAGAGUGUGUGUGGGUGUGUGUGAGCACGCUGGAGGGACGGGUGGGUUUACACAGCAAUACAUGAUUAGAUCUCUGUACAGCAUUUUAUUUACAUGAUACGGUUUUGUAACGGUGGGUAACAAGAUUAGAUGCACAAUACAGAAUAAAUAGGAUUCAUAAAUGAAACGACAA